AUGAUUUUGCUACUUUUUCUACUUUUUAAUUUGACUUUUGCUAACUAUUAUUAUGAUAACAAAGGUCCGGAGCAAGUGAAAGCUACCAAGGGUCAAUUUUUUGUUCAUCAACUUCAUUCUGCAUAUUUCUUUAAAGCAUCAGGUUAUUUUCAAUUUUUGAUUUUCUGUUGUGCAAAUAUAAUUAUCAAGAUCAUAAAAUCAUAUGACGCGUUUUUCUUUCCAGCGAAAGUGAAAUGGGAGGCCACAUUGAAUAACAAACCAGCGCUACCAUCAUGGUUACGAUUAUUGCCGUCUCGCCACCCGGAAAUUGCUUAUCUUAUUGGUAAAAAAAAAAUAAAGCACGCUUCAAAACUUGUUUAUUCUAGGAACUCCGGUUACCAACGUCACACAAGUAACAAUUCAUGUGAUAGCAAAACGAAUUGAUAAUUUUGAUAUUCAACAAAAAAUUUUGAUGAUCAGUAUUGCUGAUAAUCGUGAGUAUCUCAAUGAAUCAUUGAGAAAGAAGUGGAUUUUUUUCAGCAAAAUACAAUAUUCAACCAAAAUAUAUGGUGGAAUUGCAAUUAGAUGAUCUUGAUGUUGAAACAUUCUUAUCGAAUCGAGAUAAACAAAUAAGUAAAUAAGCUUCUUUAUGGGGUAUCAAAAUGAACGACGAAAGAAUUAUUGAGAAUUAAAAAUAGAUAGAUCAAAAUUUGAUUUUUUUUUUUGAAAAAAAGUUCCACACAAUUAUUAUUUUUAGACCAACUGGAAACUGCAAUUCGGAGCACGUUUUCUGGAGCUGGUAUCAAUCCAAUUAUCGUGAAUGUUACUCCAAAAAAUAAUAUUCCAAAAGACAAAGAACAUUUAUUCAAAAAUGAAAUUGGGUAAUUUUUCUUCACUUGUUUUUUUUUCCAAAUUAUUUUUUUCCAGAACUACUGUACAUAUUGGAACUCAGCGUCAACUAUAUCCGAUGAGUUUGGAAUUGGUGAAUCAAAUGGAAUUGGGAAGAGGAAAUUGCGGAGAACCGAAUAAAGUGAAAAUGAACAAACAUUUUCGAUAUUUUAAAGUUAAUUGGUGUCAAAUUCGAUUGGUAAGGAUUUUUUAUGUCUAUUGUCAUCUUCAAAAUUUUCCAGAUAAAUUUGAAUGAUGUUGAAGGGCAACAAGUCAAACAAUUUGCACCCAAAAUUGAGUCUCAUUCAAAAGAUGAGAAAACAAGCAAAGAAGAAGGGCCAGAAGUCCCACCUCAAGAAAUCUAUGGAUAUAAUGGUUAUAAUUUCUAUAAUAGUGUCAUUCUAUUCCCAGCGAUUGGUAUAAUUUGUGUGAUUUUGUUGCUAGUUUUGAGUAUGAUAUUUUUCGGAACUCGAGAGGGACAAAACUGGAGAGACUACAAAACUUCAAGGUUCAUUUUUUUAAAAAAAGUUUCUGAAUUUGACUUUUUUUACAGAAACACAAUGGAAGAAUACAUAAGUGUUCGUGAAAGUCAAAAACAUCUUCGAGAAUUAUCAGUUCAACGUCAAUUAAUCAGCAUGUCAAAUGAUAAUUCGGCACCGACUGGAAUUCAUUCAUUUUUACAGCCAAGAAGUCGAGCACCAAGUACUAUUGCAAGGUUUAGUAAAAGUGCGAGUAGGCUUAAUGAUCGCGGUGAGUUUUGGAAAAUCUGGGGUGGGUUUUGAAUAGGUAGAGCGUUGGGUGUUUUCAGUUUGAAAUCAGAAACAAAUUGAAAUCAGAAAAAAUAUAUGUCGAAUUGAACUUUUCAUCUGCAUGUUCUUCGUGUUUUUUUUUCAAUUUUCAAAAAUUUAUAAAACUAUUCUUGAUUCAUUGAAUUGAUUGAUUGAGUGAUUGAUAGAACUAUCUCCAGAUGUUCUAUUUUGAAUUUCAGAAAAUAAUUCAUCAUAUUCAAAGACCCUUCUCAUGUUUUUUAUGAACUAAAAAAAUUUCCAGAAGACACCGUUGAACUUCUCCCAUCCGCCGAUCAUGUUCCAGUCGGAAAACAAACAGUCGCCGAAGCUGCCAAACAAUGUGGAAGUUCUCUUCAUCUCUACAGAAAUCCUUUGGACAGUGAAAGCGAUGAUAAUUCAAGUGAUUCGGAUAACUAA